AUGGCCAUAACUAUCGCUCCUCAGCUCGCCCACCCUUCCGUCCGACACUUCUCCGGCCAUCGGCCGCGCCCCCAUAGUCGCACAGUUCGCGUGUUUGCCAUGUCCUACCUCAUCUCCGGCGUGGUAGUCCCUUUUAUCCCGCCGGCGCUCGAAAGCUUGCGGCAGAAGAACUCGGACUUCCCAGACAGCAACAAGUGA